UGGAUGCAACUUGUUCAAGAUCGAGUUGAUAAUGCUUACAUACUUGGGGUGGAGACAUUUUUGGAUUAUGCUUUUACAAGAUUGAGAGAAACGCAAGAAAUACGUUGUCCAUGUGUCAAAUGUUGUAAUGCAUCUUCAAGAACUCGUAAGAUGGUUAGGUCACAUUUAAUAGUAUAUGGAAUAAUCGAAAGUUAUACUUUUUGGUAUCAUCACGGGGAGAGGUUAGGUGAGCCGCAGUCAGAUUCUGAAUUUGUGGACGAUAAUGACAUUGAAAAGGAUGAUGAUGAGGAUGAGGAUGAGGAUGAGGAUGAAAUACCUGAGAUCUUAAGGGAUUUAUACCCCGCUUUCAAUGGAGAUAAUAUGAACACCGGUAGUGAUGAUUUUGUUGAGGAGGAACCAAAUCCUGAAGCAAAACGAUUCUAUAGCCUGUUAAAGGAUUUUGAGCAACCAUUAUACGAAUGUUCAAAAGCUUCUAAACUUUCUGCUAUGGUUAAAUUGCUUCAUAUUAAAAGUAUUGGUCAUUGGAGUAAUGCAUCAUUUACAAUGUUGUUGAAGAUGUUGAAGGAAGAUUUAUUACCUGAUGGAUCAAACUUGCCAGGUUCAUAUUACGAGGCAAAGAAGAUAAUUCGGGACCUUGGUCUUUCUUACAAGAAGAUUGAUGCGUGUAAGAAUAAUUGCAUGUUAUAUUGGAAGGAUGAUAAAUUUCUUGAGUCUUGCAAAGUUUGCGGCGCAUCUAGAUGGAAGGAGGAUAAACGUAACGGGGAAACAAAAUCUAAAUGUGGGAAAAAGAUACCAUGCAAGAUUUUACGUUAUUUUCCUCUAAUGCCCAGACUUCAAAGAUUGUUUAUGUCCUCGAAAACAACUUCUUUGAUGAGAUGGAAUUUUGAUGAAAGAGUUGAUGAUGGAAUAAUGAGGCACCCGGCUGAUUCGGUAGCAUGGAAGACACUUGAUGAACUUCACCCAUCUUUUGCCACCGAGCCUCGUAAUGUUCGACUUGGACUUGCUAGUGAUGGUUUUCAACCAUUUAAAAGUUCCAAAACUCCGUAUAGCAUUUGGCCUGUGGUACUUAUUCCUUAUAAUUUACCACCUUGGUUAUGCAUGAAGCAAGAGAAUUUUAUUUUAUCGAUGCUUAUUCCUGGUCCUGAAAGUCCCGGAGAUGCAAUUGAUGUUUAUCUCCAACCUUUGAUAGAGGAAUUGAAGGAAUUAUGGGAAACUGGAGUUGAGACCUUUGAUACGUCAACUAGACAGAAUUUUAUGUUACAUGCAGCUUUGUUAUGGACCAUUAAUGACUUUCCAGCAUAUGCAAAUUUUUCGGGAUGGAGUACCAAAGGAAAAUUGGCUUACCCAUGUUACAAUAAAGAAACUCUUUCAAUUAGGUUGGAAAAUGGUAAAAAGCAGUGUUAUAUGCGCCAUAGACGCUUUCUUCCUCUUAAUCACAAUUGGCGGAAUGAUAAAGAUUCAUUUGAUGGCACUAAGGAGCGGAAAAAACCACCAAAAAUUCUAUCUGGUAAUGACAUACUUGAUCAAGUGGCUGAUUUAGAUGGGAUAACACUAUCAAAAGAUCCAAAGAAGAAGACCAAAAUAUCACAUGAUAGUAGGGGUGAUAAUUGGAAUAAGAAGAGUAUUUUCUUUGAUCUUCCAUAUUGGAAAACAUUACUGUUGCGACAUAAUUUAGAUGUGAUGCACAUUGAGAAAAUUAUAUGUGAUAAUAUUUUGGGGACAAUCUUAAAUGUGAAUGGAAAAACCAAAGAUACAUUGAAUUCUCGGAUGGAUUUGCAAGCAAUGAACAUAAAGAAAGAAUUGCAUCCGAUAAAAAGGGGGGAUAAAUAUGAGUUACCAACUGCAUGUUACACAUUGUCUCCUGAAGAAAAGCAUAAGUUUUUCACUUUCUUAAAGAAUUUACAGGUCCCAGAUGGAUUUUCAUCAAAUAUUUCUCAAUGUGUCAACCUGAAAGAUCGCAAACUUUCAGGCUUGAAAAGUCAUGAUUGUCAUGUUAUUCUACAACAUUUACUCCCACUUGCGAUACGCGGUAUGCUCUGCAAAUCUGUGCUUGAACCACUUAUUGAGUUGUCUAUAUUUUUCAACAUGCUUGGAGCGAAAUGCUUAAGAGUAGAUGAGCUAGAGCAAAUAGAAGCCCAAAUUCCUAUAACUCUGUGCAAGUUAGAAAAGGUCUUCAUUCCUGCAUUUUUUGAUAUCAUGGUCCACUUGCCAAUUCAUUUAGCAAAUGAAGCUAAGAUUGCGGGACCUAUUCAAUAUCGAUGGAUGUAUCCAGUGGAGCGAUGGCUAUACUUUUUGAAGUCUUUUAUUCGUAAUAGGGCUUGCCCAGAAGGCUCCAUUGCAGAGGGAUAUUUAGCAACUGAAUGUAUGACCUUAUGUUCAAGGUAUUUGCAUACGAUGGAAACAAAAUUUAAUCGCAAUGAACGGAAUUAUGAUGGUGGUGCUAUUGAAUCUGAUGGAGGUUUAGCAGUUUUUUCUCACCCUGGAAAAUUUUUAGGCAGUGUCGACAUAGCGGGCGUUCUUGAUUCACCAGAAUUUGAGCAGGCACAUUUUUAUAUUUUGAAGAACUGUGAUGAAAUUCAACCAUUUCUCGAAGAAUUUUCACAAAUUCCAGUUGAUACGUCUAAAAACAAUUCAGAUAUCGAAUGGAAUAGACAAUUCGUUAGUUGGUUAAAAAUAAAGGUUGACAUGAAUCCAUCAAAACUUGAGAACUCUGGAAUGGGAUCAACUUUCAAGACUAAUAAGCAUGCAUACAUUCGACCUGGUGCCUUAGCAAGUAGACGAGGGAAAAGCUUAAAACCUUCGGGCUCCGUAAGAGUAAUGGUUGAACAAAGAACUCCAAUUGGCCAAAGUAAAAUUUUUAAUGCAUCCACAUCUUAUCAACAUGAGCCAGCACAAAAUAAUAUCCUUGUACCUCCUGGUUUUGAUCAAAUUGAAGAUGAUGUUUCCCUCUCUACAGAAGUUGAAGUGAUGCAAGAUACUCAGACAAACGAAACAAUUGUAGGUCCUCGUGAAUCGGAGAAAGCAAAAAAGGUGAGAGGAAAGAACAUUUGUAAAAAUGUUGCAAGACUCAAACCUGGAGAAAAGUUGAGCGUCACUUUUUACCAGAAUCGAGCUGUUGGGAAGCAUGCUACCUCGUUUGUGAGACACUUAGGUAUUUUAGUUCGUGAUCGUAAUAUGUGCCCAUUGAGGGUACACUCCUGGAAGGACAUCGAAGAAGAUAAGCUAGAACACAUGUGGAAUGCUGUUACUGAUAAAUUUGUCUGUGACAACAUGAAUGAUCAAAAAGAACAUGUCUUACAACAUAUGAGAAGGUUAUGGAAUAACUGGAGAGGAUCACUGCACAAUAAUAUGAAGGCUAAGCCAUUCCGCGAUGCUCUAAAAGAUGUGCCAAGGGAGAUAAACGAAAGUGAUUGGGAAUGGCUGGUUAAGGAGCAUUUCUUAAGUGACAAGUUUAAGGAAACAAGUACAAGAAACUGCGUCAAUAGGUCUAAGUUGAGAAUGCCUCAUCGUACGGGUAGUAAGCCUAUUAGACAGAUAACAUAUGAAUUGGGAGGUAAAGAUGGUAAACCACCAAGCAUGGAUACUAUGUUCUUCCAGACUCAUAAGAAGGAUAACAAGCUUGUCGAACCUGAAACAAUUGCAAAAUAUGAUGAAAUCCAAAAAUUGGUUCAAUCUGAUUCGUCACUUACAAAUAUUGAAGUCGUAGAAAAGUGCUUUGGACCUCAACGUAAGAGUCAUGUAGUUGGAUUUGGUGGUGGGAUAACCGCUAAAGAGUUGAAAGGUGGUAACUCUUCAAAGGCUGCCUUGUUAGAUAAGUUGAAUGCAAGUGAAAAAGAAAAUGAAUCACUAAAAAUACGCAUGGAUGAGUUAGAGAAUAAAUGUGAACGCAUGGAUGAGCUAGAGAGUAAAUAUGAACGGCUUGCAAGUGCAGUGUUUGGUCAGCCUUCAUCACCAUCAUCUUCAAAUGAUCAAUAGAUUGAAUCAUUUAACAGGGGUAUAAUUUCUCUUAACUGUGCACAUUCAGCGUACUUGUAGGAGCAGGCCUUUCCUCAUAUCUGCUAGGCUCUUGUGUUGUAUUCCUUAACUUAGGUAAGGGUCUAUCAUACUUCUCAACCACUGAUGCCUAUCACAAUAGACAGGAAUUAACUACUUAUUAUCCUUUUUUUUAACACUGUAAAUAUUACCAUUGACUAAACAAAAAGAUUGAAAACCUAAAGAGCACCUACAAUCACCCCCACUUGGUAGUGACCUUAAGCCUCCAGCAGAACCAGCAAACUAAUUACACAAGUAUUUUAUGCAUAAUUCCUCUACAUCUAUGCAAUUUCUUAUACAAGUAAGGUAAAGUUAAUCUAUCAAAUAUUUCCUUCUUUAUCUGUGUUACCACUCCCUCUGUAUGUACAUGUGAGCCUUGAAAAAAUUUCCCAUUCCGAGCCAUCCAAGUAUGGCAAAUCAUUGCCCUCCAAACUGCAGCAACAACUUCCUUUUGCAUUUGCUUCCAAUGCUACCUUUUUAUACUGGCAAAAACUUUGAUUAACAGGUCCAUGCUGCAGUUGAAUGCCAACCCAUUGUAACAAAGCCUACCUAAUAGUCUUGAACCAAACACACUCAACAAACAAAAGUGUUGUGAAGUCUCCGAAGUAGCAGAAUUACACAAGCAGCAGUUUAAAUCAUCCACUGGAAUGUGCAACUUUAGGAAUCUUCCUUUAACAGUCGACCACACAAUAAACCUAUGUUUAGGUUGUGCUCCAAAUCAGUUCAGCAGCAUCCAACUACUUAUUAUCCUGAUAUAUGUCUUCUUGUAGAAAAUACAAACUCUCAUAUUGACCAAAACAAAGAAAUAUUCUGAAUAAUGAA